UGGGAAUACGACGUCCUCGCCGCCGCGGAGAGCGGCGGGUACGGCCUCAAGGGCAUCGCGUUCGAGAUCUUCCACGGCGAGGGUCUCGUGGACGCGUUCGCGAUCCCGCACGCGCGCUUCAAAUCCCUCCUCGCGCGCAUCGAGCUGCUGUACUCCGUGGAGAAUCCGUAUCACUGCGCGCUCCACGCCGCGGACGUCCUGAGCGCGACGCACUGCCUUCGCAAGGCGCUCCCGGACGUGUUCUCGGCGGUGGAAACCCUCGCGCUGUACCUCGCCGCGCUCGGACACGACGCCGGCCAUUUCCGCCUGAACAACGCGUUCCUGAAGAACAGCAAACACACGCUCGCGAAGAAGUACCCGGAGUCCGUGCUAGAGAACUUCCACCUCGGCCUCGUGUUCGAACUCCUCGAGGACCCGGACGUGGGGAUCGUGCCGUUUCUCCCCGCGACGGACCUCGCGCGGUUCAGAGCGCUGCUCUCCGCGCUGAUACUCGCGACGGACAUGAGCAAACACAUGGGACUCUUCAAGGAGCUGCAGCGGUGGCCGUGGGUGCGUCCGGCGUUGGAACGCGCGAGCGAGAAGGAUAGACUCGUCGUCAUGCAGCUGCUGCUGAAGUGCGCGGACCUCGCGAACGUCGUGCGGCCGCUCGAGAUCGCGGACGCGUGGGGCAAGCGCAUCAUGGAGGAGUUUUACCAGCAGGGCGAGAAGGAGCUGUCGUUGGGUCUGCCGCUGACGACGUUUCCGAAUCGACGCAACUUUGAUUACGUCUUCGCGCGGCAUCAGCUCGGGUUCCUCGUCAACGUCGUCCGGCCGCUGUUCGAGGUGUUCACUCGGCUGACGUCCUUCGACGCUCGAGAGGCGGUG